UAGAAAAGCAUUGUUCAUGAACCCGUACGGUUACUAGAACAGCAAUUAAAGAUCAAAAGUCAAAGGCAGCCCAUCCUUGUGUUUGGGGCACCAAAACCAUCAUUAUAUUUGGUGCUACCUAAGCUAGUGGGUUAUUAGUGAGUGCUCUUAUCCAUCUACGUAUUGGCGGAUCGAGAUAUAUUUACCGGAUUUAGAUCCUGUCGGAUUUAUACCGGAUACAGACGCGUGGUAAUGACAAGGACAGAGCUGAGAGCUGGGAAGAGGAAGAAAGCAAAGGGAGAAGAUGGGCAUCUUACUAUUGAAAUAAAGGGUGUUGGACCAAGGAGCAAGAGCUGGCAUUGCGAAGAGCAUAUUUUUCUGCCAAGGCAAGCUAAGAGGAAAGCUGCGUUUUUAAGAAAGUCAAAGCAUAACCAAGUCAAGGAUGAAGUAGAUCAACAAAAUGUAGACACAAAAACAAUUCAGGCUACAAAGAGUGUUCUCAUCUUUGAUGCAAAAGACUCUAUCCAACACUUCCAGAAUGUGCACAUAAAUCAGUUUGAAAAUGUCUUUAGUGAUGGGGAAGAUGACGAUGGUUUUGCUUACGGAGUUUCGGAUGUUUUCUGUUUUUUGUAUUGAUUCUCUCAUCUCUGAUAUUGCCAAUUGUUGUGUAAUUAUUUAACUGAGAAAUGUGUUUGUUUCCUGGAACAUAAUUUCUCCUUUAAUAAUAAUAGCCUAAUAGGUUGUAAAUUAAAAGUGUUCCAUAGGGAAUAGUCCGCCGGAACAAGCAAACAACCCCACAACCUGCCGUUGAGUCCUAACACCA